GACACGGCCGCCUUGAUGGAUCUGAUAAGUUUCGUUAGAAGAGCCGUGGACGGUUCUCUGAAGGAUCUGGAGCAUCAGCUUUACACAAUAAUCGAGCACAUUCUCUUGUUGUCCGACUAUUACAUUUUCACCGACACCGAGAUAAACGUCACCAACACAGCGUUUCAGUGGUACCACAGAAUACCUCAAGUCUUGGAGGAGUACGAGGUCAUCGUGGCGAACAAGACCAUAGAGUUUCAGGAGGCACUAAGAGUUAGGUACCAGAAGUUCGAGGACGAAUUGGAUUCCUAUGCGAAACAAGUCGACGAGAUACAAUAUUGGGGGGACAUCACGGAGGUGUUCAAGUAUCAGAGGAGGACUCAGAAUCUGGAGAAUAGGCUGAUCGCUGCCAUGGAGAAGAUCGAUAAGUUUAACGAAGAGGAGGUUGCGUUCGACUGGGAUAUCACGCAAUAUCCACGUCGCAAGCAGAUCGCGGAUCAGCUGAAACCCUUCAAACAGCUUUUCGACGCUAUCUGCGAUUUCUUGACCAAACACGACAAGUGGAUGAACUCGAUGGUCGGCAGCUUCGAUCCCGAGGAAAUCGAGAACGACGUGGGAUACGCGUACAGAACGAUCUACAAGCUGGAGAAGUCGUUCCAAGAGCCAGAUCUGAAGAACCUGGCGAUCAGCGUGCGCGAGAAAAUCGAAGAAUUCACCGAAUGCAUGCCUAUCGUGGCCACAUUGGGCAAUCCGGGAUUAAAGGCCCGCCAUUGGGAGCAAAUUUCGGAGAUUAUCGGCAUUCCCAUGAAAGUGGAUGCCGAUUUAACGUUGGCCAAGGUUCUGUCUAUGGGCCUCGAAGGGUUCGUUGAGAAGUUCACGGGUAUUUCGGACAACGCGUCGAAGGAGAACACUCUGGAGAAGGCUAUCGACAAGAUGCAAGAGGAUUGGGCCGAGUUGACCUUUACAGUGAACCCUUUCAAAGAUACUGGCACUUACGUCAUUGCGGGCGUCGACGAUAUACAGCUACUUUUGGACGAUCAUAUCAUCAGGACGGUUACUAUAAAGAAUUCGCCCAACAUAAAACCGUUCGAGCAAAGAAUACUGAUAUGGGAGCAUAAACUGUACGUACUGCAAGACAUUCUGGACCAGUGGCUACGGGUACAGGCGAUCUGGAUGUACUUGGAGCCGAUAUUCACGUCACCGGAUAUCCAACAGCAAAUGCCAGACGAGGGCAGGAAGUUCUCCGCCGUUGACAAAGCUUGGCGCGACAUCAUGAAGACCGUCCACGUGGAUCCUCGCGUUCUAUCCGUCAUCGAGAUCGAUAAAAUGCUGGAGAGGCUGAAGAAGAGUUAUGGUUUGCUAGAAGACAUUCAGAAAGGCUUGAACGAUUACCUCGAGAAGAAACGACUCUUCUUCCCGAGGUUCUUCUUCCUCUCCAACGACGAGUUGCUGGAAAUUCUAUCCGAGACCAAGGAUCCGACUCGCGUUCAACCGCAUCUGAAGAAGUGCUUCGAAGGUAUACACAGACUGAAGUUCAACGAGGAUCUCGAAGUGCUCGGGAUGACGUCCACAGAGGACGAAGAGGUGGACCUGGUGGACAUAAUAUCCACUUCAGCCGCCAGAGGACAAGUGGAGAAGUGGCUCAUCGAACUGGAAGCAAUUAUGCGUCGAAGUGUGCGGCAUGUGGUGGACCAGGCGAUACAGGCGUAUCCUACCAAACCCAGGAAAGUCUGGGUGCUCGAGUGGCCUGGACAAACGAUCCUCUGCGUUGGCAAGACGUAUUGGACCCUACGUAUAGAGGAGUCGAUGUUGCAUGGUAUCCAGGGUAUGAAUAAAUACUUGGACCAGUGCCAGCAAGAACUGAACGACAUUAUAUUAAUCGUUAGAGGCAAACUCUCGAAGCAGAAUCGUAUUACCUUAGAGGCUCUCGUCACGCUGGACGUACACGGGAAAGACGUACUCGAAGAACUUUGCUUAGAGAAAGUGAUCAAAAACACCGACUUCAGAUGGCUGUGCCACCUACGAUACUAUUGGCUGGAAGAAAACAUGUGGGCUUACAUGAUCAACUCGCAUCAGCGGUACGGUUACGAGUACCUUGGCAAUUCUUCGAGACUGGUGAUCACACCACUGACGGACCGUUGCUAUCGCACCCUCUUCGGCGCUCUGAGUCUUCAUCUGGGCGGUGCACCGGAGGGACCAGCCGGAACUGGUAAAACGGAGACCACCAAGGACCUGGCAAAAGCAGUAGCCAAACAAUGCGUAGUCUUCAACUGCUCCGAGGGAUUGGACUACUUGGCUUUGGGCAAAUUCUUCAAAGGUUUAGCGUCUUGCGGCGCCUGGUCCUGCUUCGACGAGUUCAACAGAAUCGACCUGGAGGUCCUGUCGGUGGUAGCUCAACAGAUAUUGACGAUUCAGCGGGCGAUAAACAGCGGCGCCGAGAAGAUGGUUUUCGAGGGGACGGAGAUCUUCCUGGACCCGACCUGCGCCAUCUUCAUCACGAUGAAUCCCGGUUACGCCGGCAGAUCUGAGUUACCGGACAAUCUGAAGGCGUUGUUCCGUCCCGUCGCCAUGAUGGUGCCCGAUUACGCGCUGAUCGCGGAAAACACUCUCUACUCGUACGGUUUCUACACCGGCCGACCGCUGGCCGUGAAGAUCGUCACCGCAUACAAGCUCUGCUCGGAACAACUGAGCAGCCAUAACCAUUACGAUUACGGUAUGAGAGCCGUAAAAUCCGUCCUGGUCGCCGCUGGGAACCUGAAGCUCAGGUAUCCGGACGAGUCCGAGGACAUACUGAUGCUUAGGAGCAUACUGGACGUCAACCUGCCGAAAUUUCUCGUACACGAUCUACCUUUGUUCGAGGGUAUCGCCUCGGAUCUGUUCCCCGGCGUCGUUCUUCCGCCGCCCGAUUAUACUCACCUGAACGCUUGCACGAUGGACGCGUGCACGGAGGCGAACAUCCAGUGCACCGAUUUCUUUUUGCAGAAGAUACAACAGAUAUACGAGAUGAUGAUCGUCAGGCACGGCUUUAUGAUCGUGGGGCUGCCGUUUGGCGGCAAGACGUCCGCGUACAGGAUGCUAGCCAGUUGCCUCGGCCUGCUGGAGGACCGCAAAUUGAUGGACGAACACCGGGUGGAGAUAACGGUUAUUAAUCCUAAGGCGAUCACCAUGGGCCAAUUAUACGGGCAAUUCGACCCGGCCUCGCACGAAUGGAGCGACGGUAUACUCGCUGUCAGCUACAGAGCCUUCGCGACGUCCACCAAUCCGAAUAGAAAGUGGCUAGUUUUCGACGGACCCGUCGACGCCCUUUGGAUCGAGAACAUGAACACUGUAUUGGACGACAAUAAAAAGCUUUGCCUGACUUCGGGGGAGAUUAUCCAACUGGCGCCCACGACCAAUCUCAUUUACGAGCCUAUGGACCUGGAGGUCGCAUCGCCCGCCACAGUGUCGAGAUGUGGCAUGAUUUACAUGGAACCAGUCAGCUUGGGAUGGUCACCGCUUUUGAUCUCUUGGAUGAACACGUUGCCGGCUACUUUUACAGAACACAUUAAACAUCACUUGCACGAUAUGUAUACGAGGUUCUGUCCACCCCUUUUGUAUUUGGUUCGCAGAGGGGACGUUCAGGAUUUGAUAACGAUGCCUGACGCUAAUCUGGUGAGAUCCGUGAUGUAUCUGUUCGACUGUUUCCUCGACGACUUUCACGACGAGAAAUAUCUCCAAACAUUAUCCGACCUGGAUAUGAGAGCGCAAGUGGAGGGUUGCUUCUUCUUUUCCUGCAUUUGGGCCAUCGGUGGAACGUUGAUGGUCGACUCUCGAGAAUCGUUCAGCGAACUUUUCAGAGCCCUGACAGAGAGAGAGUUUCCCGAGGAUGUCAGGGAACGUUUCGAUAUUUCCGAGGAUACCACGAACCCAUCGAAACCGUACGUGGUGAAUUUGCCGAUAACUGGCCUGGUUUUCGAUUACAAGUACAUCAAAGAGGGCAGAGGCAGAUGGCGGCUGUGGAUCGAGGAUUUGAAAGACGUCCCGACGAUUCCGAGCGACAUGCCGGUGAAUCAAAUAAUUGUCCCGACGAUCGAGACCGUUCGUUACUUUCAUCUGUUCAAGCUUCUGAUUUGUCACCACAAACCGGUGCUCGUGGUUGGUCCUACCGGGACGGGCAAGUCCGUGUAUAUCAUGGAGUUCUUGUUGAAGAACGACCCGGAGACUUUCAAACCGAUGUUCGUGAUAUUCUCGGCUCAAACCUCCGCCAAUCAGACCCAAGAGAUCAUCAUGAGCAAACUGGACAGGAGGAAGAAGGGACUUUACGGAGCCCCGCCUGGUAAACAUUGGGUGGUGUUCGUGGACGAUCUGUCCAUGCCGCAGAAAGAGGAAUUCGGCGCACAGCCGCCCAUAGAGCUGCUGAGACAGUGGCUGGACCAUUGGACCUGGUACGAUCUGAAGGAAAUGGAACCCAUAGAAUUGGUGGACGUGCAAUUGGUUUGCGCGAUGAAUCCGCCAUCCGGCGGUCUGGACGUCACGCCGAGGUUCAAAAGGCACUUCUUCACUCUGGGCAUCUCGGAAUUCUCGGACGACGUCCUGUCCACCAUUUUCAGCACCAUAGUGUCCUGGCACCUCGAGAGGAGGGAAUUUCCCCACAUUUUCUUGCCCUGCAUCGGGUACGUCGUCGACGGCACGCUGGACGUUUACAAAGAAACUAGGCAGCACCUUUUACCCACUCCAGCCAAGUGCCACUACUUGUUCAACUUGCGAGAUUUCUCGAGGGUGAUCCAGGGUGUGCUGCUAUCCACGCCUGAAACGGUCAAUGACUCUAUGGGCAUGAAGCGUUUAUGGGUGCACGAGGUCCUCCGCGUGUACGGGGAUCGCCUGGUCGAUGAUACGGAUAUAAAUUGGCUCGUUGAACAGAUACGAUCGACCGUGUCCGCGCAUAUGGACGACGACUUGAAUCAGAUGUUCGAAGAUUUGAUCACAGGUUCGAAGGGUUCGGUGACGUACAUCGAGCUUCGAAAUCUGAUCUACUGCGACUUCCAAGAUCCUCUGGCCGAUAAGAAACUGUACACGGAAGUCGCCAAUUUGGACAACCUUACAGUCACCGUCGAAGAGUACCUCGCCGAGUACAAUUCAAUUUCGAGAACACCGAUGGACCUUGUCCUCUUCAGAUUCGCCGUGGAACAUCUCUCGAGGAUCUGUCGCGUGAUGAUGCAACCGCGAAGUCACGUGUUGUUGAUCGGCGUCGGUGGUUCCGGACGCCAAUCUCUGACGAAACUGGCGGCCCACAUCGCGGACUACGAACUGUUCCAGGUGGAGAUGUCCCAGCAGUACGGUCUCUACGAAUGGCACGAGGACGUGAAGAACAUCCUGAGGAAGAGCGCAUCCAGCGAUCUGCACACAGUGUUUUUAUUUUUGGACAGUCAGAUCAAGGAGGAAACGUUCCUUGAGGAUAUCAGCAACCUGCUGAACUCCGGCGAGGUCCCGAAUAUAUUCCCCGCCGACGAGAUGACCGAUAUCUGCGAGAAGAUGAGGGUGAUCGAUCGACAGAGGGACAGGUCGGUGCAGACGGACGGCAGUCCCGUGGCGUUGUUCAAUUUCUUCGUGCAGACGGUUCGCGAACACUUGCACGUGGUGGUGACCAUGUCGCCCAUCGGCGACAAUUUUCGCGCGAGGAUACGAAAGUUUCCAGCCCUGGUGAACUGCUGCACGAUAGAUUGGCUGCAGUCCUGGCCCGAAGACGCUCUGCUCGCCGUAGCGACCAAGUUCCUCGGCGAGAUCGAUCUGACGAAGAAGGAACGCGACGCGUGCAUCGAGAUGUGCCAGUACUUUCAUACGUCCACGCAGGACCUGUCGCAGGAGUUCAUAAAGCGCGCGAAGAGGUACAGCUACGUCACGCCCACCUCGUAUCUCGAGCUCAUCAACACAUUCAAGGACCUGCUCGAGAAAAAAAGAAACGAGGCGCUCGAUGGCAAGAAACGGUACGAGGCCGGCCUGGAAAGGUUGGACAGUACUCACAAGCAAGUGGAGAAGAUGCAAGAGAUUUUAGUUGCGCUGCAACCGAAGCUCCUCGUCGCCGCCAAAGACGUGGAGGCUAUGUUCCUCGACGUUCAAAGACAGAACGACGAAGCCGUCGCCAUCGAGCAAGUUGUGAAAAGCGACGAGGAGGCCGCCAUGGUCGUUGCAGGGGAAGCCGAAGCUAUUCGUACGGAAUGUGACGCCGACUUGCAAGAAGUGAUGCCAAUAUUGAAUGCUGCGAACGCCGCAUUGAACACAUUAACCCCCCAAGACAUUCAAAUAGUAAGAUCCAUGAAACGACCACCGUCUGGCGUACGACUAGUCAUGGCAGCAGUUUGCAUUCUAAAGGACGUGAAACCAGAGAAGGUCCAAACCCCGACAGGCACGGUGGAGGACUACUGGAAGGCUUCUCUUCGUAUGUUGAGCGACAUGAGGUUCCUCGAGUCGCUGUUGACGUUCGACAAAGACAACAUACCGGAAAGAAUCAUGACAAAGAUUCGCACGACGAUUCUGACGAACCCGGACUUCGAUCCGGAGAGGAUCAGACACGUGUCCACGGCCUGCGAGGGUCUCUGCAGAUGGGUGUUCGCGUUGUCGGAGUACGACAUCGUGGCGAAGAUCGUGGCGCCCAAGAAACAGGCCCUGGCCAAGGCGGAGUCCGAUUAUUCCAAGGCGAUGGAACAACUGAACCUGAAGAGGCUUCAGCUGCAGGAGGUUCGGGACAGGCUGGCGGAGCUGGAGGAACUGUUGGCGCAGCGGAGGGUCGAUUACCAGGCGAUGACGGACGAGGUGACGGAGUGCAAGGAGAAACUAAGAAGAGCCAGGGAGCUGAUCGGAGGCCUGGGCGGGGAAUACACCAGAUGGUCGGACACGGCCAAGUCGCUCGGGGAACGUUAUUACAAGCUGACAGGCGACAUACUGAUCGGGUCCGGCGUCGUGGCCUACCUGGGGGUGUUUACGUCGCAGUACAGGCAGCAACAGAUCGAGAACUGGGUACAAAUAUGCACAGAUUUGGACGUCUUCUGCACUCAGGACUAUCAGCUCACCCAGGUUUUGGGCGAUCCUGUCCUGAUCAGAUCUUGGAAUAUCUUUGGCCUGCCUAGCGAUCUUUUCUCUGUGGAUAACGGCAUAAUCGUAACGAAUUCCCGACGAUGGCCACUGAUGAUCGACCCUCAGGGCCAAGCAAACAAGUGGGUGAAGAACAUGGAGAAGGAGGCAAACAUCAACGUGAUCAGGUUGUCGCAGACCGAUUACAUGAGGGUUUUGGAAAACGCUGUUCAGUUCGGGCAGCCAGUUUUAUUGGAGAACAUCGGCGAGGAGCUGGACGCUGCCUUGGAGCCUCUAUUGAUGAAACAGACGUUCAGGUCUGCUGGCGCGAUUUGCAUCAAGAUCGGGGACUCCAUCAUUCAGUAUUCCGAUAAAUUUCGAUUCUACAUGACGACCAAAUUACGGAAUCCGCAUUAUUUGCCGGAAGUGGCGGUGAAAGUGACUUUGCUAAAUUUCAUGAUCACCCCUAUCGGCCUCGAGGACCAGCUUCUGGGCAUCGUCGUAGCGAAAGAGAGGCCAGACUUGGAGUCCGAGAAGAAUCAGUUGAUCGUCCAAGGAGCCGCCAAUAAAAAGAUGCUGAAGGAGAUAGAGGAUCGCAUUUUGAAAGUUCUGUCGACCUCCGAGGAGAACAUUCUCGAGGACGAGACCGCGAUCAGUGUUCUGAGCUCGUCGAAGAUUCUUUCCGACGAGAUAAUCGUGAAGCAAACAGCGGCCGAGGUGACGGAAAUGUCUAUCGACGAGGCGAGAUUAAAGUAUACGCCCAUAGCCGUCUACAGCACGGUCCUGUUUUUCACGAUCGCCGUUCUAGCGAACAUCGAUCCCAUGUAUCAGUACUCGUUGGUUUGGUUCGUGAAUCUCUUCAAGAACACCAUCGAUAACACGGAAGUUGUCGAGGACAUAGAGCAACGAUUGAAGGAUCUCACGAGAGAAUUCACUUACUCGCUCUACGUGAACAUAUGUCGCUCGUUGUUCGAGAAAGACAAGCUUUUGUUCUCGCUGCUGCUCUCGGUGAAUCUGCUGAACAAACAGGGGCAAAUCUCCAUAUCCCAAUGGAUGUUUCUGUUGACUGGUGGCGUAGGCCUCGAGAAUCCUUUCGCGAAUCCCACGCAAUGGUUACCGCCGAAAUCCUGGGACGAGUUAUGUCGGUUGGACCAGGUCCAUGAGUUUGAGGGCUUCAAAGAUUCCUUCGUGGAAAACGUAGACGCUUGGAAGGUCGUCUUUGAUCAUAUGGAGCCUCAUACUUUACAUUUCCCGGCGCCAUACGACACGGUUACCCCUUUUAAGAGAAUGCUCGUACUGCGAUGUAUUCGUCCUGACAAAGUCUUACCUGCCGCUCAGCAAUUCGUGGAAGUGCAUUUGGGACGCCUGUACAUCGAGCCGCCGCCCUUCGAUUUGCUAUCGUCCUUCGCGGACUCGUACGCCUGCAUUCCCCUUAUAUUCGUCUUGACGCCUGGCGCUGAUCCCAUGGCGAUUCUAUUGAAAUUUGCCGACGACCAAGGUUUCGGCACCAACAGACUGUUCUCCCUGUCUUUGGGUCAAGGACAAGGCGUUAUUGCCGCGGAACUGAUCGACGAGGGAAUAAAGAACGGCACCUGGGUAGUCCUACAGAAUUGUCACCUCGCCAAGAGUUUCAUGCCGCAGCUGGAAAAGAUUUGCGAAAGUUUCACUCCAGAGACAGUGCAUCCGGAUUUUCGAUUAUGGCUAACGAGUUAUCCCGUGGAUCACUUUCCAGUCAGCAUUCUUCAGAACGGUGUCAAAAUGACCAACGAGCCGCCGAAAGGAUUGCGGGCGAAUAUAAUCAGGUCCUUCUUACAGGACCCGAUAUGCAACGAAGACUUCUUCGAAACGUCGAAACAGAGCGUGGCUUUCAAGAAGCUACUCUUCUCGCUGUGCUUUUUCCACGCGAUCAUCCAGGAACGAAGGCAGUUUGGUCCGAUUGGAUGGAACAAUCAGUACGAGUUUAACGAGACCGAUCUGCGCAUCAGCGCUUUGCAGCUGAAAAUCUUUUUGGACCAGUACGACGAUGUGCAAUUCACCGCCUUGAAAUACUUAACAGGCGAAUGCAAUUACGGCGGACGCGUGACAGACGAAUGGGACAGGAGAACUUUGAUCACCAUCCUGGCGAAAUUCUACUGCCCGGAGCUCAUCACGCAAAAGAGAUACUUGUUCGAUCCAAGUGGCGUGUAUUAUGUGCCUCAAGUCAAGAGCCACGGCGAGUUUCUGGAUUACGUUAAGUCUUUUCCGAUGGCCACCGCUCCCAGUGUCUUCGGGAUGAAUGAGAAUGCUGACAUCAUCAAGGAUCAGCAGGAAACCACGUUAAUGUUAUCUUCGAUAUUAGCAACCCAGGUGAGAAUGGGUCUAAAGCUAACUAAAGUUCAAACGGAAACAGACACAGGGAAAUCGCCCGACGAGACCGUCUACGGGGUGGCGUCUGAUAUUCUGUCAAAGUUGCCGGAGGACUUCGAUCUCGUCGCGGCACUCGAGAAGUAUCCGACGUUAUAUAAUCAAAGCAUGAACACGGUGCUGGUCCAGGAAAUGGGAAGAUUCAACAAGCUUCUGCAAACGAUCAGGAAUAGCCUCAUAAAUGUUCAGAGGGCGAUCAAAGGUCUGGUGAUCAUGAACCCGGACCUCGAAGAAGUCUACAUGUCGAUAAUUACUGGGAGGAUACCGAAGAUGUGGAUGAGAAACUCCUAUCCGUCGUUGAAGCCGCUGGGCAGCUACGUUCAGGACUUCCUAAAGAGACUGGUUUUCCUUCAGUUAUGGUACGAUGAGGGGCCGCCAACGUCUUUCUGGAUCUCUGGUUUCUACUUCACUCAAGCGUUUCUCACCGGCGCACGCCAGAACUACGCAAGGAAAUACUCGAUCCCUAUAGAUCUUCUCAUCUACGAUUUUAUUCCUUUGAAAGAAACUGUGUUCUCCGAACCACCAGCCGACGGUGUUUACAUUUACGGCCUGUUUCUCGACGGAGCUCGCUUCAAUAUGGCAACAAUGAAGCUCGCCGAGUCUCUACCAAAAAUUUUAUACGAUGUUGUUCCUUACAUCUGGCUGGUACCAGCGAAAAAGGAUGAAGUAUCGGAGAAGUACACGUAUACUUGUCCCGUGUACAAAACCACCGAGAGGAAGGGCGUCCUGUCGACAACCGGCCACUCGACGAACUUCGUAAUCGCCAUAUGGCUCCCGACGGAGCAUCCACCGGAGCACUGGAUUCUACGAGGCGUAGCUAUGCUCUGUCAAUUGUCCGAUUAG